AUGUCUGCUGUUCAGCCAGUUGCAGUCUAUGCGCUCCGGGUUCCUCCCGGUGCCAUGGUUGCCGCAGUUCCCAAUGCCGCUGCGUCGUUCCGCAUCAGCAUGGCUGCCAUUGAUCCCGAUGAGGCUCCCGAGUACGAGGACGAUCAGGAUACCAGCAAGCCUUCCCGCGCCACCCUGAAGAUCGUCCGCGCUCCUCCCGGUCUCGACCUCGAGGACUCUGACGAGGAUGAUGAGGACUACAGUGAUGAUGAGGAUGAGGAGGACUCUGAUGACGAGGAUGUCAACGGUGGCCCCAGCGACAAGGAGAAGGCCCGCAAGCUCAAGGAGGCUGCUGCUCUCAAGGACCUCGAGGAUGCUAUGGAGGAGGACGAUGAUGAGGAUGAGGAUAACGAGGACUUUGACCUGAAGGCUGCCAUCUCCAAGCUUAUCAAGGGUAAGGGCCCCGCUCUGGACGACGAGGACUCCGAGUCCGAAGAGGGUCUCGAGCUCGAUGAGAACGUCAUCUGUACCCUCAGCCCUAACCAGGCCUACCAGCAACCUCUUGAUAUCACCGUCUGCGAGGGUGAGCCCGUCUUCUUCAAGGUCACCGGUAACCACACUGUCUUCCUGACCGGUAACUACGUUAUCGGCCUCGACGAGAGCCACGAUCACGACCACGAUGAUGAGGAGGAUGACGAGGAUGACUACGACCUCUCCCCCGAUGAGGAUGAGCUCGACAUGGAUGAGCUCAUGGCCAUGCAGGAGGAUGACGACAGCGACGACCUGGAUGAUAUGGAGGACCCCAGAAUCACCGAGGUUGAGAGCGAGGAGGAGGCCCCCAAGCUUGUUGAGUCCAAGAAGGGCAAGAACAAGCGCGCUGCCGAGGAGGAGGCCAGCCUUGACGAGCAGAUGGCCAAGGCCAGCAAGGCCAAGUCCACCAAGGCUGAGGAGCCCGCUCUCACCAAGGCCCAGCAAAAGAAGCUCAAGAAGAACAACGGCGACGCCGCCGCUGUUGAGCCCAAGGAGGCCAAGAAGGAGGCCAAGACCGACAAGAAGGUCCAAUUCGCCAAGAACCUCGAGCAGGGCCCUACCCCCUCCGGCGACAAGCCCACCGGUACCCUCGGCGUGAAGGAGGUUCGCGGUGUCAAGCUUGACGACAAGAAGCUCGGUAAGGGUGUUGCCGCCAAGAGUGGUAACACCGUUGCCAUGCGCUACAUUGGCAAGCUCGAGGACGGCAAGGUCUUCGACUCUAACAAGAAGGGCAAGCCUUUCACCUUCAAGCUCGGAAAGGGUGAGGUCAUCAAGGGUUGGGACAUCGGUGUCGCCGGCAUGUCUGUCGGUGGUGAGCGUCGCAUCUCCAUCCCUCCCGCUCUCGCAUACGGCAAGAAGGCUCUCCCCGGCAUUCCCGGCAACUCCAAGCUCAUCUUCGACGUCAAGCUCCUUGAGAUCAAAUGA